ACGGGUGCAACACAUUGGACAACACUGACGCCAGCAACGCUAAUAUAAUCGGCAUUUUCAUUUGUAGAGAAAAUUUUACUUUUUCACGAAUUAAUUCAUAACUAGAAAGUAAAGAUGCCAAAAGGACGUGUUAGCAAUGUGUGGCAGCACUACGACAUCAACGAGGAUUGCGAAAACUUUGCGAUAUGCCGCUAUUGCGGUAAUAAUAUAUCGCGUGGUGGCAUGGCCAGCAAUUUGAAGGGGAACAAUACCACCAAUUUGUGGACGCAUCUGCGUCACAAGCACAGCGACGAGGUGAUCGUAAAUCCGGUGCAGAGCCGCCAAGGGCGAAUUAUUCCCAUUAUUAAAAAAGAGAAAACCGUGCGAAUAACCAAGGCCAAGCAGCUGCGAGAGCCAUUGCAUGUAGCCAAGCCGAAGAUUGAAAGACAGUCCACGUCGUAUGUAGGCGAGGCUGGAGCACUCCCGCAGAAGUGGGAGGAGUAUGAGCAAAACGAUGAGAUCAGCGAGGACAUCAAGGACAUUAUCUACAGCGAAGAUCCGCUUUGCUACAGCCCCAUACAUGUCAUGGAGGAGGAGGUUGCCCUCGAGUCUGGCGCAAAGGUCACCGUGCUGAACCCCAGCGUCCAGACCCGCUCCACCAUCAGCGCCGCACCAGUCGUGGCCACUGUUGUGGCCUCAAACACUAACACGGUCAACGCGGCCAAACAGCUGAAGAACAACCUGGAGACAUCCAUCGACCGCCUGACCACGGUCAGCGAGCAGUUGAGCUACAUAAUUCAGCAGAACCACGAGGAGCAUAGCAAGGAUGACGACUACUACUUCGCCCUGAGCCUAGUGCCCAGCAUGCGCCAGAUGUCGCUCAGCCGCAAGCUAUAUGUGCGCACCAAGAUCCAGGAAGUUAUCUUCAAGGCAAGCGAGGAAUCCGGCUCCGCCAAGGAUGAAUGAAUAGAUGAAGUGCGGCUACGAGGAAAAGGAAAGAAAGCUAGCAAGCCACAUAACACAAAGUUGAAUGUGUUUGAAUGGUUACUUGCUCGUUCGGCUUUUGGGUAGCUGAUUUUAAUCGUUUAGGCUAACUUUAUGACUUUAUGUAUUCUGUAUAUCCACUUUCUUGAGAUUGAGAUCUUUUUCUUGAGAUCAAGAGUGAUUCUAUUUUUUCAACUACUGUGUAAAAAUUCGAUUCACAAUUAGAAUAAAUAACCAAAUAAAGAUCCGACAGAGAAAACAAUAAGUGAGGGAGAUAGAGAGAGGGAACAGCAGCAAUUAUCGCUUAAACUUCAUUUUAUGGAUGUUGUUUAUUUUAAAUAAAUUUUAUUUAAAUAACUUGUUAAGAUUUACAAAACAGAGAGCGUUGCUAGAUUAGAAUUAUAAUUAUUAUUUGUAUUUUAUAUUAUAAUUUACAAAUCGAUUUGCGGCCAAGUUCUGUCUAUGCCUGUAAUUCCUAUAAAUAUGUAUGUGCAUAUCCCUAUCGGUAUGGAUGCGAUUCCUCUCGCUCGCGUAGAUCUAGACGUACAAGCGUACAAUUACAUUUUAUAAUACAAUACAAAUACAGAUUGCAAUAAAA